AUGGCUCGACGCAAACAUUUUAUCGAUGACGGGGAUGAUUCGGACGCGUCUAUGUCUGGUCAUGACGAUCUUGAUCUAACUGAAGACUCGGAUGCACGCGCAGCACGACAGCUAUUCGAGAAUCCCUACCAGCGCAAACGAAGACGGGUUAGUGACGAAGAUGAGGACGGCCUUGAGGCUGACCUCGCGCCACGUAGAAAUACAGGCAAGAAAAGUGGCUGGGCAUCAGCGCCCUCUUUUGUUUCAACCCGAGAUUCGGAAAUGGACUCAGAACCGCGACCAGAUAACGAGAGCGAAACCGAUUCUGGCAACGACGACGAAGAGCCUCCGGAACCCUUUGAGGGGAUGGAAGACGAAGACAUAGCCUCAUCACCGCCUUUAGUCCUCGGCUUGAACCGCGGAAUUGGCUCCAAGGGUGGCAUUGGCUCCAAGGGUGGAAUUGGAUUAUCGCGUGGUGGUCUCGGUUUGGGUUAUUCGACAGAAGUCUCUCCCAAUGCUGAAUCCCAUAAUUCUCCCCCGACUUUCGGAACUCGCAAUAAACCGUCCUUUGUUCGCGAUGCGCCUUCCCCACGACCUGCAACGCCAUUAAGUGCUAGUGAGCAUGCGCAUUUCAACAAGAUUUCGGGAUCAAUUGGCGCGCGAUUACUUUCCAAGAUGGGCUGGCAGCAGGGAACCGGAUUGGGUGCGGCCGGGGAAGGCAUCGUCACGCCUGUCGAGUCAAAGCUGCGACCACAAAAAAUGGGCAUGGGAUUUCGAGGGUUCAAGGAGAAAACGGAGCAAUCGAAAGCUGAAGCACGCCGACGAGGAGAGGUUGUCAGUGACGAAGAACAAUCUUCGACCGUUCGCAAGGCCAAGAAAAAGGAGAAGGAAGCUAGACAGAAAAUGUCCGACGUAUGGCAGCGGCCCAAGAAAGUCAAAACCAAGGUUGAACACAAAACAUACGAGCAAAUCAUUGCAGACAGUGGUCACGAGACUUCUGGAGUUGGCCCGAUAAUCGACGCGACCGGUGCAGUUCCCAGAGAAAUUUCCUCUUUAGCUGAUAUAUCUUUAAAUACCUGGAGCCCAUCCAAUGACCUCACACGAAUUCCAGAAGUGCGGCAUAACAUUCGCGUCAUUAAUGAAACUUGCAAGACUGAUCUGGAUGGACUGGCUCGAGAAGCUAAAUCGCUGGACGGACGAAAGCAAUUUGUCAUCCGGGAGGAUCUGCGACUUGGAAGAAAAAUCGAGGAAGAAGCCAAGUUGAUAGCGCGUUUACAGCAAGUUCAAAUCAUCACAAACGACAUUGACGCAAAAUCAAAAGAGCUUGCAUCCGUAUACGAAGCGUCUUUAGAAGAAUUUUCUCCACUUUUCCAACAACUGGUUGAACAAUUUUCGCCUGAACUCGAAAUGUAUCGUCUUGACGAAAUUAUCGUGGCAGCAAUUUCUCCCUUGGUUCGUCGUCAUGUCCACGCCUGGAAUCCUCUUUCUGUACCUAUGGAGCUCCUCACAACAUUCCGUAACUGGAAGAUUGCGUUGCGAGUCAGGCCGAGUGCCCAGAACCAGGUUAAUCAUUAUGGUUUGAACGCAGGUUUUACUGAAUAUACGGAAAGGCCUAUGACGCCAUUUGAAAGCCUUCUGUGGACCGUGUGGCUACCAAAAGUCCGCACAUCGCUCAACAAUGAUUGGAAUCCGCAAGAUCCUCAACCAGCGGUACGACUCUACGAGGCUUGGUCUUCGUUCCUUCCUCCCUUCAUCCGCGACAAUAUCUUGGACCAGCUUGUAUUACCAAAGCUAAAAAAAGCUAUCUCCGAUUGGAAUUCCAAACGGUCCUCUGCAUCCCUACGGAGCAUCGUCUUUCCUUGGUUGCCUCAUCUUGACCUUCGAAUGGAGGACGUAAUUGGAGACGCGCGACGCAAAAUCAAGGGGAUUCUGCGAAGUUGGAAUGUAACCGACGAGCUCCCAAGUGAUCUGGUGGCCUGGAGAGAGAUUUUCGAUUCUCCUGAGUGGGAUACCAUGCUUCUUAAAUAUGUGGUGCCCAAGCUUGGUGCCACAUUACGGGACGACUUCCGCAUCAACCCCCGAGACCAACAAUUAGCGCCUCUUACUAAUGUUUUACGCUGGGUCGACAUCGUCCGUCCGUCCAUAUUGUCACAGAUCCUCGAGACCGAAUUUUUCCCAAAAUGGCUCGACGUGUUGCACAUUUGGCUCAUCCAACCUACGGUCAGCUUUGAAGAAGUUGCGCAAUGGUAUUCGUUCUGGAAGGGAAGUUUCUCUGAGAAUGUACAGAAUCUAGCUGGGGUAUCGCGUGGCUUUACGCGGGGAUUGCAGCUUAUGAACAAAGCGAUCGAACUUGGACCAAGUGCCCCAACUCAACUCGCUCGUCCAGACUGGCGUGCUGAAUCCGAAUCACGCUUGACGGGUCCUCCUCGCAAUGCUGCCCCCCGACCAUCUGCACGAACCCAGGAAAUAACCUUCAGAUCUAUCGUGGAGGAAUUCGCUGCCUCCAAUAAUCUGCUUUUCAUGCCCACUGGUCGGGUUCAUGAGCUGUCUAGAAUGCCAUUGUACCGACAAUACCCAAUCGACGUCGACUUGGGCUAUGAAAAGCAAAAACCUAUAAUACUCAGCGACGACGACGACGACGACGACGACGACGACGACUUGGGCGCGCUAGAAAGCCACCUUAAAUCCCACCUUAAAUCCCACUUUCUCAUGGACAACGAGGAUGAGGACGAACUCUUGCUUUCCCCCAUCUCACGACCGCCCAAGCGUAAGGGCGCCACUGGUUCAGGAAGACUACAGAAAAGGCAGCGAUUCACAUCUGCCGUGGUUGAACUUGUCUCAGAAGGUUCUUCGGACGAGGAAGAGUUCUUCAACAACGCGUUAUUUGACCCAUACCGAGCCGCAACACCUUCACAUGAUUUACCCGAAUUCGAUUCAGAGGCCACAAAGCUAAAAGAGCCCAUACACAAGCUGUUGCUUCCUCCAUUACGCUCGUCAUCUGAAGUUGCGAUUCCGAGUGUGGUAGACUCCCCCCUUAGAAUGCUUCAACAGCUUGGCCUACCCCAGCACAAGGUGCAACGAGCACGGUUCCUACGAGCGCCAUCAACACUCUCCGAAAUCAUGCACGUGGACAAGCUAGUUCGAACCUCGCUACCUGCUCGUGCUGGUGGAUCCAUGAACAAAAUCAUCCAACACAACGGCCGAGUGGUGGUCUGCUCCAACUCGGCGGGGGGCAACCAUACCGGACCAACGGAUGCCUACAACAAGGCAGGAACCUUGAUAUCAUGGACCAAGAGUCGACCGUCACGAAUAGAUGAUCUUGAACUUUUGGUUCAUCAAGACAGAGAGGCAGCUUUAGACCUGCCACCUGAGGUUGACACGUCAUUCUCCAUGAACUGUGUUGCGUUUGAGCCUCAAACCUCAACUCUUGUUUGCUCGGGCGAAGAUCAGAUUGUCUGGGGUUGGAACUAUGACUGUGAGCAAGAUAAAUAUGUACAUGGACAAUAUCACUGCUUUGAGUACCAGGGAACGGCAAAUAAUCCAGUUGUUCCCCAUGAUAUUGUACUCAAGCCAAACACACCAAGCUUAGCUGUUGCCGAGAAGCGAGUCACAAUCUACUCCAACAUAUCUUACCAUGAUGGAGGGACUCAUAGAAGGCUCAAUUUUCCUGGUCGCAACUCAGAGAGAUAUGUUGCGGGUUCUGUAGCUUGGGGCGUUGGUCCUUCGUCUGAUUAUCUCUUUGUGAUGACAGAGGCAGUCGCUAAAAACGACCACACUGGCCUCCAUUUUGGCUUUGAUGCACGCACUGGCCAGAUGUCAUUGGAAUUCGCUUGUGGAAGACGGGACGGUGAAGAAGGUGAUGCUAUGUGUAUAAGCCAGGAUGGCGGCACUGCUGCAUUGGUGACAAAAUCUGGGGUCAACAACUCCUUGCUCCGUCUCUUUGAUUUGCGCACUAUGGACAGGAAUGCAGUUCACACCCUCACCUUGACUCAGUCGGAUGUUAGCCUUCCAGAAGUCAAUUGCAUGGCUUUCAGCCCUGACGACCGCCUCCUUGCUCUUGGAAGAAAUGACAACCAGACACAUCUUUAUGAUGUUCGAUUCCUCGACAGAAAAGUGUCUGAAUACCCCCAUGAACCCUUGCGAUUACCAUCGGAUGGUCAAGAAUUCUUCGGCAUUGUCGAUCUUCAGUGGGUUGAAUGGCAUGGACGUAUGGGACUCGUCACCGGUGGAAAUGAUGGUUGUGCCGACUCAGACAUUGCAGCGUUUUCCCUUGGUGAUCGAUGGCAGAACCAACAUGACUUAGUAGUCGGGGAUUCCACUGGCAACAUUUUCAUUUUCGACUCCCACACGUUGAACAUAUAA